AUUUUUUUUUUUUAAACAAUAAAUUGUUUAUUAAUUAUAUAUGAAGUUAUUAACAAACGUUGCUUUAAAAUAACAAUAUGAACGGCUGACUGAAAAACAACUAACCGGAAGUAUAAUCCAUUAAUAAACCAAACAGAACCUGGACGUGUGAAAGCAGAGGCACUGUCUGUGGAGUUUCUCUGCACUGAGCGUUUGUAGAUCUAUGAUUUUAUGCUAAAAGCUAACGGCAGCACUACAGUCAGCUGAUUCAUUCACAUGACUGCCCUUUCUAGUUUCAGACAAGUCCUGUUUACCGGCUGAGAAAGUAUCCGGAUAAUCUGUUCUACACGACGGAGAGCAUCAUGUUGAAGUUAGUUUAGUAACGACACUGUUAACAUGGAUAACUGAAGAUACCGGAGCUUCCACACAGAGCGAACUAUGUUACUAAUAACACUGUGAGUCCGCACAAAGAGCAGCCGCCGGACGGGUUAGCUAAACAGCCUCAGCGGGAUUGAUGUGCUGUUCACACCAGUAGAUUUUUUUUUGUUGUAUUCACUUCCUCAGGGAAUUUGCAAAUAUCCUGCAAAAUGACUCCAGAGGGGAAGAGACUGUUAAACAUUGUUAUCCUAGGCUUCGGCUUUAUGUUUAUGUUCACUGCUUUCCAAACAUGCGGCAAUAUAGAGCAAACUGUGAUCAAGAGCUUCAACAGCACAGAGUUCCACGGCAGCGGAUACACAAGCAUGGCCAUCAUCUAUGGAGUUUUCUCUGCAUCCAACCUGAUCGCCCCCUCAGUGGUCACCGUCAUCGGACCGCAGCUUUCAAUGUUUUUCAGUGGACUUGUGUACAGUGGCUACAUUGCUAUGUUCAUCUACCCGUACACAUGGAGCUUCUACACGGCGUCUGUGUUGGUUGGAAUAGCAGCAGCAAUCUUGUGGACGGCUCAGGGAAACGUGCUGGCCAUCAACUCCACUGAUAACACCAUCGGAAGAAACAGUGGCAUCUUCUGGGCACUGCUGCAGUUCAGCCUGUUCUUUGGAAAUCUGUACAUCUACUGUGCCUGGCAUGGACACGUGCACAUAACAGACAAGGACCGUCAGACAGUGUUCAUCUCGCUCACGGUGAUCAGUCUGGUGGGUUGCUUCCUCUUCUUUCUGAUCCGGAAGCCUGACUCUGAGCCCGCCGCUCCCUGUGAGGCAGCGGAGUCGCUGCUGCAGGCUGACUCCUCAGAGAGCGGCUCCACGGCCGGCUCGCCGCGCCCUGGCCUCGGCUCGCAGGCUCUGGACGCUUUCGUGAGCGCCUGUAAAAUGUUUGUCACCAAAGAGAUGAUGCUGCUGAGCCUCUCCAUCGGAUACACAGGUCUGGAGCUCACUUUCUACAGCGGCGUGUACGGGACGUGUAUUGGUGCCAUGACGCAGUUCGGACAGGAUGCAAAGAGUUUGAUCGGCAUCUCUGGCAUCUGCAUCGGCAUCGGAGAGAUCCUAGGAGGGGGCGUGUUCGGAAUGCUGAACAAAUGUAACCGGUUUGGGAGGAACCCCGUGGUGCUGCUGGGGCUCAUCACGCACUACGUGGCCUUCUACCUGAUCUUCCUGAACAUCGCCAGCGACGCCCCCAUUGCCCCCGAGGCGGGCACCGACCUGAUGGCCUACAUCAGCCCCAGUGUGGGUGUGGCCCUGCUCUGCAGCUUCCUGCUCGGUUUGGGUGACAGCUGCUUCAACACUCAGCUGCUCAGCAUCGUCGGCUUCAUGUUCAGAGACAACAGCGCCCCCGCCUUUGCCGUCUUCAAGUUCAUACAGUCCAUCAUGGCCGCUCUGGCCUUCUUCUACAGUAACUACCUGCUGCUGCACUGGCAGCUGCUCAUCCUGGUCCUGACGGGUUUUCUGGGCACCAUGACCUUCUUCGUGGCAGAGUCGAGGGCCGAGUCCAGCCGGAGAGAGUCGGACUACGACAGCAUCUGACUAGAGUCUGCUGAGGACGAGGAGGAAUGUGUCCUGGCCUCCGCAGACACACACUGACUGUGUGGUACGUUUGUUUUCUACACCUGGUCCGUACGGAGCUGUCAGCGGCUCCAGGCAGGAACCAAACGUUAAUCUCAACAUUUAUCUGUAAUUAAAUCAAAAGCCAUGAGGAGCUGUGUGGGAGAAACCUCGUCCUGGUCCAUCGCUGGCCUCUUCUAUCUUAAUUAAUGUAAAACAAUUAUGGAAAUCUACUCAAAACAGACAUUACUGAGAUGUGAUGGACCGAGAUUCAUUAAUCAGAUAAAAAGCACUUUUGAUUGGAGGCCUGAGAAUGAGCUGUGAGUGCCUGUGUGAAGAUAACAACACUGACUUUACUGUGGAUCAGCUGCAGGUUAUCAUGGAGCAUCUGCUCCGGCUGCAGGAAGGAAAAGUCUGCUGCUGUUUUACAUUUCUUCUCUUGUCGACAAAAUCCCAUGAAAAGCACCACCAAAUUAUUGGCUCACAGUGUCAACGGCUGAUAUUUCUCUUGUUGCUCUGGGCAACGUGUUCCUUCAUCACCAUGAACACACACAGUUUAAUUUGACUUAAUCCCACAAAAAAAUCACUCAAGCACCCAUCACUCAUGAGUCCCCAAAGUUUUAGGAAAACACUGAGACUUUUUUUAAACAUCAAACUAUAUAUUUGUGUUUUAAAAUUGGCAUGCUGGAGUCAACAAAGUAAAUAUUGGACUCAUUUAAAAGGACACACGUCUCAUGAACAUUUUUGACAAUGAAACGGCAUUUUUCAGACCCUCAAAUCAAGAAAAAAAACUUUGGACUUUGUUCAGUCCUGUCAACUCCAACCCAAAUGCAAAAUUUCUCUUCAAACAUUCACAAACUAAUUUAAGAAGAUAAAAAUUACUUUCACAACUUUUCCAGCCUGUAAGGACACAGGACGGCUACACCGUUUGAUAUCAUUAGUGAUGCCUCUGUUGAGUCUCUAUCUUCUUGCUUAUUUUGGUCCUUAAUGGGAUUUUGUGGAAAUAAGAAUUUGAACAACGCCGGCCUUAUCCUCUAAAAGUUCCUCCACUCUCUUGUGACGUCUCAUGCACUCACAGAAACAAGUUUAAAAAAUCCAACUUUAUUACCCUGUAAUAAGUGACGGAGCAGCAGCAGCCACGCCCGGCUCCCUCGUCCGUCAUCAUGUGAUCAUGUUGGAGAGAUGUGAAGCAGCUGCUGCAGUCACGAGGUCGUCACGAGACGACAGAGACGCUAUUCACCUGCCGGCCAGGUUCGCCUUCGCUCAUCUGGUUUUUAUUUAAAGGGACAGGGUCAAGUUCUGUAUGAAGACUGACACAAAGCUGAGCAAUGAGCUGCAGAUAAACAGAUAUUAGACAGAAAAAUCUACAUCAGUUAAAGUGUUUGCUGUGUUUAGAAUAAUUUCACCUUGCCACCAGAGGGCCUUCUCUUUAAAGCCACCAGACUCCAUUGAAAAAAAACGUAAUUUAACCUCACAGGACACAUGAGCUACAGGUCUACACUGCCUCCAUCUGUGUGUGAGUUUUAGUGCUGGGCAGGCAUUUAAUUUAUCAUCUUUCAAUCAUAUUGUGACGAAAUCAGAUAGUGAGAUGUUUUAAUACACAAUUAACAGCCUUUUAAGCGAUAAUAACAAACACAUCAGAUUUUCUGAGACAUUUGACUAAGUAUGUAUCUGUGUUUAUCUAUUUUUUCUCUUCUAAGUUUUUGACUUCAUCUUCUUGAUGAGAAAAUACUUUUAAUUUGUUUUAAAGUAUUAUAUUUACACUGGGGGUUUACAAUAAGGGGCUUCACCGUGUGGUUAUUUUACACAGAUCCAUCUUUUGAAUUCUCAGAAAACGUGUUACAUGAUAUGUGAUGUUAUGUUGCUUGUUUAUGUUAUUGUGUGACUUUGGUGCACAUGGAGUAACCCUUUAAAACUCCAAAGUGACACAAUAACACAAACUAACUAACAGAUGGAGGCAGCGAUGUACCAGCAACUCCUGUGUUCUGUGAGAUAAAAUUACAGUUUUUGUCAAUGGAGUCUAGUGGCUUUGAAUAGAAGGCAGUCUUACAGCAAGAUAAAACUGUGAAAAUAAUUAACCCUUGUGUAAUCCUCCCAUCGACUAUGCACCCAUGGUCCUCGGGGGUCAAAAAGGACCCCAUGAUAUUAGACUUGUUUAAGGAUAUGUAGGAAAAAAAUGGCGGGUUAAAUAUAGCGUACACUUGAACUGAUAUUGAUUUUUUUUAUUUUUAAAUCAAAACUCGUACAAACACUUCAGUAAACCCAGACUGUCCCUUUAAAUCAGCACAUCGGGAUCAAAACAAAAGGGAAACAUAAUCAAGAAGCUGAAUUUUUUUAUUUGUGAGUGUGAAACUGUCAUCCUCGUUCUUCUGUUCUGCUGUUUUUUUCUUCUUUUCUUCACAACACAUAAGCUGGUUUAGCUGUGAUGAGAUCCAGGUGACUGCAUUCCAGGAAACGUCAUAAUCACAGCUGGGUGACUGCACUUAGUUUCUUUUUCUGGUACAAAGCAGUAGUUUUCUCUUCUUCGCUCACUUUUCUUUACCUCCUGAUAUGGAGAAUGUGUCAAGUGGGGGUAGAAAAGAGAGAGAUGGUAAAAGUUUGUUUCACAUUGGUGAGUUUGUAGCGACGCUGGCAGCUCGGCUUGAGGGGGAAAGUCAGAAUGUUCCUAAAUUUAAAGUGUAUUUAAUGGUUUAAAGUGGUACACAUUGAUUCAGUACUGCUGAAGUUUAGGUUUUAUUAAAAACUUAGCGGUCAUAAUUGAACCAACAGAUCAAAAUUUAAAACGCUGCUCUCCUCUCUCUGAUUUUAUAGAUUUACAUCAACAUUUUUUUUUUGCACAAAUUUGACUCAUUUCGUCUCUCCAAGCUUCUUAACGUUAUGUCUCCACUGUCACUCAAAGCUCACUUCAUACAGAGGUUGGUCCAGAGCUUUCUGCAGAGGUGACGGGACUCUCUGAGCAUCCUGCUGUGUUAAUAUGAUGGGAUAUCCAUUCUCCUGUGGAGGUUUUGGCCACUAAUAUUGCUGUUUUCUGAGAGUCAUGUUUUGUACAUGUGCAGGUGCCAACAAAUCAUGGUGUCAAGUCACUCAAAACUUAUUUCUGUUGUUGAAAACUCCACAGGGAACCUUUUAAGGAUUAAAUAAAGGACAUUUGGUCCAGUUUUACAGACUAAAUCAGACCAAACAUGAACAUCAGUUUCACUUUCUAACCUUAAAACCUAAACUGUGGAUUUAUCUGCCUCCUCCAUGUGUCACAGAGCUGCUGGCGAGGCUGUUUACUCUCUUCUUCUUUCAUUCGUGUUGUAAACUGACCUGAUGCCAAACCGACUCAGUGCUGAACUUGGGCCUUAAGACUUUAUGUAAUGUUGACGAGGGACAAGGAGCUUUAUUUUGCGUGCUGACGUUUCCUUUUUUCUUAUUGUUAAAGUGUCAAAUUAUGGACUUCAGCACAUUAUUCUAGUUAAUUUAUUGCUGAAUAAAAGUGGGGUUUGGGUCUCAUGGAUGCAAUCGAUCUCCAGGAUGUUAAGGGAAACGCAUGUGAACUCUGAAAGUGAUUUUAUACUUGAAUGUAGUCAUUAAGAAUUUAAGAAUGGCACCAAACUCUCGCUUGCUUGUUUUUAUUAUCAAUAAAAUAUUAUUUUGAACAUUA